GGGACGGCCGAUGUCUGUGUAACCCCUUUGUCUUCUAACCACCUGUCUCCGUCACUAUUAACCAAUGUCAACGAUUAGGGAGCAGCCAAUCUUCAGCACCCGAGCCCACAUCUUCCAGAUCGAUCCGUCCACCAAGAGGAACUGGAUCCCAGCGAGCAAGCACGCGUUGACUGUUUCCUACUUUUAUGAUGCCACUCGCAACGUCUACCGCAUCAUCAGUGUGGGAGGCACGAAGGCCAUCAUCAACAGCACUAUCACCCCCAACAUGACCUUCACGAAAACCUCGCAGAAAUUUGGCCAGUGGGCCGACAGUCGCGCCAACACGGUGUACGGGCUGGGCUUCGCUUCGGAGCAGCAUCUCUCCCAGUUCGCAGAGAAGUUCCAGGAGGUAAAGGAAGCCACCCGCUUGGCAAGGGAGAAGUCGCAAGAUAAGACGGAGCUGACCAGUCCUGCCCUAAGUUUGACUUCCCAGCAGAUCUACCCGAGCCCCAUCCUCAGCUCCAAUGGGCCCGGCGACGACAAACUCUUCCGUAGCCAGAGCGCAGAUAUGGAGAUGACGACGGAAAGGGAGCGGAUCAAGAAGAUGCUCUCGGAAGGGUCUGUGUGCGAAGUCCAGUGGGAAGCCGAAUUUUUCACCCUGCAAGACAGCAACAACAAGCUGGUGGCAGCGUUGCACGAAGCCAAUGCCAACGUGGAGCAGUGGAAGAAGCAGCUGGCAGCCUACCAGGAAGAGACGGAAGCGCUGCGGAUACGGGUGGCCGAGCUGGAAGCCCAAAGAGGCCGCUAUUCCUCAGGUGAAGCCAAGGAAGAGGCCAGCCCGGCGCUGGAGGAGCUGGAGCAGCUGGUGAAAGCCAAGGACAAGGAGCUUCAGCAACUGAAGAGCCAGAAAGGGGGACGCUGGGAAGGCGACGAAGAGACCGAGGAAACUUUCCAGAAGGUGCAGGAUCUGGAGAGACGAAACAAGGACCUGGAGCAGCGCCUGCAGCUGGCCGAGCAGACCCUCUCCGAGACCCUGGCCGAGCGGGAGAAGAUGUACCACGAGGUGUCCAAGGUGGCGGAGAUCAUGGACAUGAAGAUCUUCGAGCUGAGCGAACUGCGGCAGGACUUGGCCAAGCUGGUGGAGAGCAACUGAGCUGG